AUGCUUGCCUACAAGAGCGUUUUUGAAAGCAAGAGCAUGCACGAAGAGUGCACAGUGCCCAAGGUCUCCCCUUCGAUUUCUGAUUUCUCCCUAACGUCGGCAAUUAGUAGUUAUAUUUUUGCGGCCCGCUACAGCGCGGCUGUUUUUCUUUCCUUUGCUCCAGCCGUGGUGAGGAGACGCGUGAGUGCAUCCGCCGUGCAGUACAGUGCCUCCAAGUUCUGGGUGGACGGAGGAUCUACCAGCGGCUGUGGGACCGUAGGUGUGGACGGAGGAUCUACCAGCGGCUGUGGGACCGUAGGUGUGGACGGAGGAUCUACCAGCGGCUGUGGGACCGUAGGUGUGGACGGAGGAUCUACCAGCGGCUGUGGGACCGUAGGUGUGGACGGAGGAUCUACCAGCGGCUGUGGGACCGUAGGUGUGGACGGAGGAUCUACCAGCGGCUGUGGGACCGUAGGUGUGGACGGAGGAUCUACCAGCGGCUGUGGGACCGUAGGUGGUGGGUCGUUUUCCACGCUUCUUUUGUUGUACAGCACCAGGUGAAAAGACUGUAGUAGGUUUCCUUUGUGUGGUUGUGCUGACCCCUGUGAAUUCCCCACAUGCGGGAAUCUCAACUGCAUAAUUUGUGGUAGUGGGGGACUGCGUUCGUGCUCUCCCCUCACUCUUGUGUCCAAAAGCAAAGAUCCAUGUGUCUGCUCUUCUCUCCGUCUGGCCUUUGAACUGGGACAAAAUGCAAUGGCGUGCUCACCGUCACUGGAUUCAGGCAUUAUGCGUGCUAGGCACCAUCAGCCAGAGUGCUGCAUGUGGAAAGG